UUCAAUAUAUGCUACUGAUACUCAAUACAAAGAGUGAUUUUGAAAUUUUAUUCGGCUUACGAGUUAUCGGAAUUUGAAUCUGGCACUUUUCUUUCAGAAUAUGACUUCGAAAACUAAAUGGACGUUUCAAGAGCUUCAGAAAGCGACACAGGAGGAGCUUCUACAGAUAGUAGCAGAUUGUGAGGCAAUAUCCGACGCUCAGGCUAUAAAUUCCGAUCUUGAAGGAGAAAGUGAUGCCGACGACAAUCUUCCAUUGACAAAACAGUUUAUUCCCAAGUCAAAACCUACCACCAGGGCAAAGUCAGGCAUCAUUGUUUCAAGAAAUGAUUCUGUAAAAGAUCCCGAUUAUGAAUAUUCUGGAUCAGACAGUGGAUCUGAGAUGACUAAUGCUUGUAACAGUGGGAUGAAUGAAUGUCAAGGAGCCUUAGACAUCUCAACAAAGGACGUUGAAAAUGAUGAAGAUGAACCAGAAGAGACAGGUGCUGAUGGGGAUGAUAUCGAUUCAUUGGACGAAAAUUGGAAGCCAACCAAAGACCUAUAA